AUGAAAGAACCUGUUUAUUCGAUGGAGUUGGGAGAAUUGCCAGGUAAUUUUUGAAAUUCAUCUUAAGGAACUAGACCAAGAGUAUUGAAAAAGGAGAGAAAUGUGGGAGCAGACAAAUUUAUAUAAGCCUAUCUUAGCAAUGAAAGUAUUUAAUAUAAAUGAUAAAUAGAAUUGAAGACAACUUCCAGUGAUAUAAAAAUGAGGAAUCCAUUAUUUUCUGACUUCCAAUACGCCCAAUAACAGUAGUUUGGGAAUGGAAUGUAAUAAUAAUUUAAGAGCUCACCAUAAUUGUUACAAUCCAAAUCAGUAAAUCCAGAAAAAGUGAGACACUCAUAACGUAAUGAAAAUUUAGUUGAGGAUUCCAUCGAUCAAUUUUAAAGAUCAAGUCUCUUAUAACACUAGCAAUAACAAAAUCAAAAUACCAAAAAAUCAGAAGCGGAUUAGAAUUAUCAAUAGGAUUAACCUCAACUGAGUUCCAAACAUAAUUCCAGAAAAUCAUAAAAUUAUGAAACUAAUUCUAAUAGAGCUGAUGCAAAUGAAUAUUAUCAGAGAUUACAAAACAAUGUAAAUUAAUAAACUUAGUUGGCUAACAAAUUGAACACUGAAAGAGAAUAAUAAAGAAAGUACGUUAAAAUAUAUUUAGAUUAUAUGUACGAAAUAAUGUGCUUGGUAGCAAAGAAUAUUAUAUUCCUCAAUAUAAUAUGGAUGUUAAAUUUAGUAAUUUGAAUCAUAAUUUGUAGGCUUAUACGACAGACCGAAAUUUAAAGACUAUACAUAUUCAGAUGCAUCAUAUAAAUAAGUUGUCGAAUUAAAAAAUAGAUACUAAUUAAACGAGAUGAUGAACAAUGAAUUUGUGACAAGUUAGAUUAUCGUAAUUGCUUAGCUAGUAAAGACUAUGGAUAUGGAUUGAAGGGUUAUACAAAAGUUCCUAUCUACCCUUCUUCAAAGCCCUAAAAUAUUGAUAAAGAAUGAAAAGG